CGGGUGAAGGCGGUCCUUCGCCAAACCCUUGGACGAUGCCGCCAGGAGGAAAGUAGGCCUCCAAAACAAAGUUCAUCGUAACCAUAGAACUCUGUCAUACUAAGGAGAAUUUGAUAUGACACACAACGAAGAAAGACAGUCUGCUUUAAGAGAAGGCUUAAUUGGCCUUGGAGUUGGUGUCCUCUAUGGGGUCACUAAUGUUUGUGCUGGCCACCCAUUUGAUACAAUUAAAACAAAGAUGCAAGCCCAGACUGGAUUUGAAAAUCAAGGAAUGUUUAAGUCUUUCAUCAAAACCUUGAGAACUGAUGGAAUCAGAGGUUUAUACAGAGGAUGUGUACCGCCACUUUGGGGGUCAGGAAUUUACAGAUCAACACAAUUUGCUGUAUUUGAAGGAGUGUAUACUUAUUGCAAUGAUUUUGGGAAAACACAGAUACCACUAACUGGAGGUCUUCAAAUACGUGUUUUGAUUGGUGGUGCAGCGGCAUCAACAGCGAGAGCAAUCAUCGAGACACCGUUAGAAUUGGCUAAGGUAAGACGACAAACUGGACAAUCGUGGCAUCUGCGGGGUCUAUAUAAGGGGUUUGGUGUCACAUGGUGUAGAACAGUUGGUUUGAUGUGUACAUACUUCAUUCUGGUCGACACAUUUCGAAGAAACAUGAGCGAUCAGUUUAAGAGGCCGAUUCUGGGACCUUUUCUCAUUUCUGGAGUUGCUGCCACCCUUGGUUGGUGGGUAGUUUGGCCUUUGGAAUACAUGAAAUCACAAGUGCAAGGAAAUUACGGACAAGAUAUGUCAACUUGGAAGCGUUUGAAUAUGGUUUUUCGGGAACGAGGUGGAUUUUUCGGACUUUACCGUGGUAUAGUUCCAGGGUCGAUACGAAGUUUUCUAGCUAAUGGAUGUGCAAUGAUCGUGAUGUCUUAUGCCCAAAGAAAGGUCUCGGAGCUCGGCAUUAGAGGAUGAUAGACUCUUCGAUGGGAACCAACUUAAAGAUGGAGUGAAAACUGAAGUAGUUAGGAUCUUGUUUGCACAUUCUCAAUGGUAAGUGGAUUUUUUGUCUCAGUCAAACAUAGAACUCUUUUAUUUAUCUAAAAUAAAAUGAAAAUUGUACUUAUUUUGAAACGCCCGUUUAUUUAUGUUUCAAUUUGUACCGGUAUAUUAAAUGAAGUAGGAUUUUUGAAUGUCAAUGCAAUACAAUUUUA